AUGGGAACCCUAUCACCUUCCCAAUCGACGGACCCGAAAGAAAAACCCGAAAACCACUUUCCGUUCCACCACGAACCCUACUACAACUACUCCCACUCGGCCCCCGGAUCAUACCCGCCCGUCGGGCCUCCGCAACUCUACCCGCCCGACUACUACAACUACUACUACAACCACCACCACCACCAACCGCCGCCUCCCCUGGUGGGCCCCACGCCCCGCCCGGGCACGUUCGGCCGCUUCAUGCUCAUCCUCAUGGCACUCCUCCUCGUGUGCAUGUGCAUGACGAGCCUCGCCGUUUGGUUCCUCUACGGCGUGAACGCCCCCGAAUUCGAGGUCUCUUCCCUUCGAGUCUCCAACUUCACUGCGGGCCCAGUCGGCCUGACGGCCUUCUGGGACGCGUCCCUCCUCGUCGCCAACGAUAACCGGGACGUGUCAUUCGGGUUCCGGCACGUGCGUUCCGUGGUCCUCUACCAAGGAUACAUCCUCGGGUUCUCGUCUGAGCGCGCGUUCGGGGUGGAAGGUGGGGCAAGGGGUGAGUUGAGGGUCCGAGUGGAGGCGGGCGGGGGAGGGGGAGGGAUGGUGGACGUGGACAACGUUAUGGUGCCGGAGCUCGCCCGGGAGUGGGAGGCUGGGGGAGCGGUGUUCGAGUUGAGGCUAGCGAUGACGGUAAACGUCACGUCGGGAAGAGGGGUAGAGUACAGACAACAUAGCUUAACGGUGGCGUGCGACGGGCUCCGGGUGGAGACGGAAGGGCCGCCGGGGUCCGGCGAGGGGAAGCUAACCGAAGGCGGUGGGGCCCACUGCUUGAUAAGCAUGUGA